CGACUAACAUUUGAAAAAUGUCCAACAUCCUCGAUGCAGCGUCUAAAGUGAGAUGGGACCGCACCGCUGCGGCGAAGCGAGCCGUGUUUCUUGCGGCUGCUGCUUACGGUGUCAGAACACUGUAUCCCAUCAUCUGCAAGCAGCUCAGCAAAAACAAAGAUCCCAGGAAUAAUCGUCGGGUUUCAAAGGCGGAGAACGGCUCCACUUUUUCGGGAAAAACACAAAUAGAUACUAAGGACCCAAGGAAUAUAUCCCCGGGCGUAAAUGCAGAAUUUUUCAAGCAGAUCCUCGAACUUGGUAAAAUCCUCUUUCCUAAGCUUGUAUCCAAGGAGCUUGGAUUGCUUUCCUUGCACUCGGUGGCACUGAUAUCCAGGACGUUUCUGUCUAUAUACGUGGCAAGCUUGGACGGCAAAAUUGUGAAAACGAUCGUGGAAAAGAAACCCAAGAGCUUCAUCAUCCAGCUGAUCAAAUGGCUCCUCAUUGCCAUCCCGGCCACAUUUGUUAACAGCGCCAUCCGGUACCUGGAGUGCAAACUGGCUCUGGCCUUCCGCACCCGACUGGUGAACCAUGCGUACCGGAUCUACUUCACCGAUCAGACCUACUACAAAGUUAGCAACAUGGACGGGAGGCUCGCCAACCCAGAUCAGUCUCUCACUGAGGACGUAAUGAUGUUUUCUCAGUCGGUGGCUCAUCUCUAUUCCAACCUCACCAAGCCUAUACUGGAUGUGAUGCUGACCUCCUAUACGCUGAUUCAGACUGCCAGGUCCAGGGGGGCCAACGCCAGCGGGCCCACCCUGCUGGCCGGGCUGGUAGUCUUUGCCACGGCGAAGGUCCUGCGUGCCUGCUCGCCUAGGUUUGGUAAACUGGUGGCCGAGGAGGCUAACAGGAAGGGCUAUCUGCGCUAUGUACACUCCAGGAUCAUUGCAAAUGCUGAGGAAAUAGCUUUCUACAGGGGACAUAAGGUGGAGAUGCGUCAGCUGCAGAAGUGCUACCGGGCUCUGGCGGACCAGAUGAACCUGAUCCUGUCCAAGCGUCUCUGGUACAUUAUGAUCGAGCAGUUCCUCAUGAAGUAUGUAUGGAGCAGCAGUGGGCUCGUCAUGGUGGCCGUGCCAAUCAUCACAGCCACUGGCUUCGCUGACAACGAAACAGCAGAUGGUCAGACACAGGUGAUGGUGAGUGAGAGGACAGAGGCUUUCACAACCGCCCGUAACCUUUUGGCUUCAGGAGCCGAUGCCAUCGAGAGGAUCAUGUCCUCCUACAAAGAGGUCACAGAAUUGGCAGGCUACACUGCACGGGUCCACAACAUGUUUGAGGUGUUCAAGGACGUCCAGAGGUGUGUUUACAAGCGCUCCUCUCUAUCAGCCACAACCGGAGCAGAGAAGAAGAGCAAGCCUGAGAUGCACAUAGAGGGACCAUUGGAGAUAAAGGGUGAAGUGAUAGAUGUCGACAAAGGCAUUGUGUGUGAAAAUGUACCAAUUAUCACACCCAAUGGGGAUGUAGUAGUGUCUUGCUUGAAAUUUAAGGUUGAGGAGGGCAUGCACCUAUUGAUCACGGGGCCUAACGGCUGUGGGAAAAGCUCUCUAUUCAGGAUCCUCAGCGGCCUGUGGCCUGUUUAUGGCGGCCGACUACACAAGCCCUCUCCACAAUAUAUGUUUUACAUCCCUCAGAGGCCCUAUAUGUCAAUGGGUUCUCUACGGGACCAGGUGAUCUACCCAGACUCUGUGGAGGACAUGGCUGCUAGAGGCAUGAGUGACAAGGACCUGGAGGUCAUCUUGGACAUAGUCAACCUCAACAAUAUUGUGACCAGAGAAGGAGGCUGGGAUGCUGAGCUGGACUGGAAGGAUGUGCUGUCAGGAGGCGAGAAGCAGAGGAUGGGCAUGGCUCGCAUGUUUUACCAGAAGCCUAAAUAUGCCCUGUUGGAUGAGUGCACCAGUGCUGUGAGCAUUGAUGCGGAGGGAAAGAUUUUCCAGGCUGCCAAGGAUGCCGGCAUCUCCCUGCUCUCCAUCACACACAGACCCUCCCUUUGGAAGUACCAUACCCACCUGCUGCAGUUCGACGGGGAGGGAGGCUGGCGCUUUGAGCAGCUGGACACAGCGACACGCCUCUCCCUCACUGAGGAGAAGCAGCGACUGGAGACCCAGCUGGCUGGCAUUCCCGAGAUGCAACAUCGUCUCAACGAGCUCUGCAAGAUCCUGGGAGAUGACUCUGUCCUCAAAACAACUGGGGAGAGAGAGAGAGAGAGAGAGGAGAGGGCAGAAGAGGCCUAGAGAGGAAAAGAGACCAAGGGGAAAGAGCAGAGAGGAAGUGGGGGGAGGACGAGAGGAGAGUGUGGGAGACUAAGAGGCAAUGAAAGAAAAAGAAAUCUGGAGGGGGUUUGUUAGUAUUUUGUUCAGGCUGAGGUAUUUUUGCUUGUGUAGAAAGCCGGAGAUCUUUUAAUGGAAACUAGUCUUUUAGCUCUCCUCUCUUCUCUCCCUCUUCUUUUAAUCUUUCCUUUGCUCUGCUUCAGCGGAGAAGUGGAGGGGGUGAAUGAAGUGGAGUCACAAGUAUUAUUCCCCACAUGUGACGCACAUCGACUGCAUACUCGGUUGUAGAUUUUAAAUGUUUUAUUUGAGCAUAUAUCAACUUCAGUUUUCUUCAUUUUGCCACAGUUCAAAGUGGCAGACCAGAUAGAUCUAAAUUAACCAAGAUAAUUAAUUUGUUUGUUUUGCAGCACUUUACUGCUUUUAGAGGGCUGUUUUUGUUUGUUGUGGUAGCUGACAGUAAUAUAAAGUUAUAGCUGAAUUUUAGCUAGAAAACCUUUAAUACAGAACCACUAAAUGAUGUCCAAAGCAGUUUUCCAUGGCCAGUAUACUGGAUUCUGAAGGAUCCACAUUUGUUUUUACCUCUACAAUUUAGCAGUAGACUUCAGUUUUAACUGAACUAAACGUGACCUCUUUUUUUCGAAAGGUCAAAAGAGACUAUUUUUCAAAAUGUCACAAAAUGCCUUUGCUCAGUUUGUGUAUAUAGCCGCAGUACAAUCCCUUUCCUUUUACCUUAUCUUAGCCCUUGUUAGGUUAUUGCAGACCUCUGAACUACUGACAUAGGUUCAGUUGCAGACUUACGUGAGGCUAGCAAAGAAAAAGAGCCAGUAAGAGGUCUAUUAUUAGAGCAAUUUGUGAUGCAGGUCUGACUCCUAAACUAUAGGUUUCUGGUUUACUGAACAAAUACAAUGAGCUAAAGAGGCCCUCUUCAAAGGAAGAGGACCAGGAGCAAGCUGUUAGUUUGGUCUGUUUGUAAAUAGUCACACAUAUAAAGUAUACUGCACAUGGGUGAACAGGUACCUUUCAGACAGUGUAACUUUAAGAUACAUGUACACACACUGGCCUCUUGUCGAUGCUCUCUCCCUGUGUUGACACAAAACACACUCCUGUGUCUGCAGUGUGUAAGAUGCCUGCUGGGACUCUGCUUUGUCAGCAGUGCUACUCAUGCCCUGUGAGUCCUUUUGAGCCUGUUUCAAUACACAUUAAUGCAUGAUGGUACUGUACAACAAGCUGAUACACUAUGCCAAUCAAAAGCAUAUGCAGUGAAAGGUAACUUCAUAUAAAUUUGGUAAUGGUGUAAGAAAUACUUUAUUUCUCACCUCUCUACAAUGGAAGCUGAUUAUCGUUUAAUAUCCUGAAGUGUAUGUUUACUUGCACUUAAAUAUGCCAGAUUAUAUUCCAAAUUUUAUUACGUUAUAAUAUAUGAGCCUAUAUUGUGUUAUGAAACUUUGUUUAUUCCAUAAUUGGGCUAAUUAACAGAAGUAAAAAAGCUUAGAGGUCAGGUUUGUUAAUAGAUUGAAGACUUUGGAGCUGCUUUCACUCUUGGCUCAAACACAAGUCAGCAGGUGGUCUGCCUCUUCACUAAUGGCUGGCAUGAGGUACCGGUGUCAAAUUUAGAUUGUUUUUCUCAUUUAGCCUCCAUGUUUGUUACCAGCAACUUAUCUGAAGUUGUGACAAUGUGAAAUUAGUAUCUUUUUGCAUAACAUUAUUUUGUUCAUAUGAAAAACACCAUGUUUUAAUGUGGUUGUUUUAAGCUGUAGCAGUGGCUACUUAUGUUUCUAGAAGAUUUUCUUUUUAUAGUUCAGACCUGUGUACUGUGUCCUGCACGAAGAGGCUGAGGAACAGUAAACUAGGCUGACUUUUGCCCCUCAGAUUGUAUCAAGUUAAAUGGGAUAGGAGAUUGUCUGUUCCAUUGUGCCAUUAAUUAAUUUAUAGUCUUCAGAUUUCACCAUAAAUGGAGUUUUAUGUGUGGUUUCAUUCAUCCUGGGCCUAAAGCUUACCAAGUGAUACAAAUUAUCACUACAUUUUACUUGCAAAAAACAACCAGAAAUAUUUAAUUUCUGUCGUGUUUUUGUGCUGUGUGAUACUAAAAAUCUUACUUUGUUUACCUUUAAAUUAAUGUUUCCUCUGUAGAAUUAGUUUAAAUUUGUUGACCACAUUAGAAAUGUGGCUAUAGUGAAAUCUUUAUGUUUUUGUAUGAAUUGUCCAGAUGUUGCAACAGAGGAAACAGGACUUCUUUAUAUCUUAUUCUCACACUGAACUGCAUACAGGACUCAAUCCUUGUCACUUCCAAGCUGGAGUGACUAGCACAGUGUAAUAAUAUUACGUCAUCUGACUGGUUAAUAUGCCACUGUUUUGUUAACAUGCACACCAACACCACCAUGUGUCAGUGUUGACUUCUUGUUGAAUGGACAAUCAGUAACAUUAUCAGCAGAAUACAAACAAGUACACUGCUAUAUUUCAAACAACAUCAUGGCUUGUUAUUAUCAUUCAAAGAAAUGGGAAAAACUAGCACUAAUUUUAGGUAUAUUACUAAAUUUGCAUUAUCUGAUUUGGUAUGGAACUUGCAAUGUACUUGGUUGCGUAUGCAUGUCAAAGUUUAAUGAAUCCCCCAGGCCUUUCAUAAGCCUGAGCCGUGACUGAAUCCAGGAUCUCUAAAAGUGCCACAUCUUCCCUCCAUUGAGAUUUUAAACCGUUGAAACCUCCACCUUUAACUUUUAGUGGACAGUUCACAUUUAGAGGGAACAAAAGUUAGGUUUUUCCUUCGGUAAUCUUGUAGCCCUCAUCCUGAGACUGAAGAAGAAAACUAAUUAAUGACUGAAAUGUCACUGAAUUCCUUUAAUAUCUAAAGGAAUGAUAAGUGGUAUGCUCUGUGAUGGUCUUGUAAUACAAAAAAUGCUGCUUUCAUUUGGUACACAAGAGAGCAUCAUGGGCAUUACUGCAGGUCUUUAAAAUGGCACGGCAAGCCUUUUAAACAGCAUUACGUGCAAGAGUUUCUGACAUGAAACACGUUAUCUUUCUGUGUUGCCAGUCAGACUCUGUCGACAGGAGGCCAGACAAGCCGCUGAAUGACACAGAGUCUGCUAAGUGACACUGGAAUACGAGGUCAGCUCAAGGGCAGAUAGUACCUAAAAUACAUAGGCAUGAAUAAAAGGCAGUAAUUAAGCAGUAUUUCAUCCUGAAAAGAUGGGAUAAGGAAAUGCUGAGGGGCCUUCUUCUCAGUAUGCUUCCUGCAAGUCUGUAUCAUUGAACAUGGCACCUCAUCAUUUAUUAUCCCCGAAGGAAACAAGUUAAGAUAGCUUACCAGUGAAAUCAGGCCUAUUGUGGUCUGCUAUACUGUAUAACCCUGCUAUAUACAGUAAUGGUAUCCUUACUACCAAUACUUUGAUACUGAAACUUUCAUUCUAUCAUACCUUUGUAAGUUAGAUAUUGAAUGUAUCAAUCGUGUAUGGUAAAGCAAGUCCUAAGGUUAUGAAGACAAUGAAUACAUGUGGUCUGUUCAUACAAGUUUCUUUUUCUUUGACAAUUGAGAAUUUUAUAAUUUUGUUAAUAGUGCAUGUAACAUUUUAUUAGAGCCACCUUGUGGUGUUUUAGAGGGGAUUUAUUCUACGCAUGGUGCCUGAACUGGGUUUAUGGGGAAAGAAAAUGCUUCUCAGAUUGAAAUUUCAUGUUAUUCCAGUGGUGUAGGACGGUCACAUCAAUAUUUAUGAAAGGUUGAGAGUUUCUGAGAUAUCGAUUAGACUGUCCUGUACCACAGAAACAACAUGCAGUGAUUCUCCCUCAAAGCCAGGGAUUACCACAGUUUGGACUUGAUACAUAGUUACUUAACAGAGAACUUUGUUUGCAAUCAAAACAUACAACUAUUUUAUAUUUUGAAUUCCUGUAAUAUUAGCACAGACCUCUUUUAUUGAGAUCUCAUUGUGCAUGUGUAGAAAUCUGUAUUCUUUAACCUUAGAAUCAAGGGAGGUACAUCAACAUAAAGGUCAUCUGUUACAAAAUCAUGGUCUAAGGUCAAUUUACAUUUAAAGAUGAAAAUGUAUUUUCUUGUAAAUAAA